AUGGCUGGAAAACGCAAAGACAGAGAUCUGGUUGCACCGGACAUCACGGAAGAUGCGGCAGAGCGGAAACGAGUCCUGAAUGUACUUGCCCAAAGACGAUACCGACAAAGAAGGAAAUGUCGAAUAGAAGCCCUGGAAGCGCAAGCAAAAAGCGUGAGUCCGCAUAGUGACGAAUUAACGGCCGCGGAACCCGACGUAGACAGAGGUGGCACUGGCCUCCUGACGGAUGCUUUCUCUCCCUUCUCGACUCCAGUUCCCUUGGGUGAGAGUAAUACUGUAAACUCAGGUUAUGAAGGCCAGGGAAUGACAACCCCAACGGGCGCUGCUUCCUGUCCUGCUGGUACGGCCUCUGAAUUCAACGAUAUGACUCUGGUGCCGGAGGUCUUCACAGGACCUUUCUUACCAGCCGUACCACAUUUACUUCCCUCAGACCUAUCAAUGCUUGCUUCACCAUUUCUCACUACUCUUUCUCCAAGAACCUCGGGGCAAGAGUCGCUAGGCCCACUUAUCUCCACAAGUGGCGUUCCUCUAGAGGUCUCUUCACUACCACUAGUCCUGGGGCCAGAAAUGUCAGCUCAAGGCCAUAGCGACGGCGAUGAUGCACAGUUCGAUGGUUUGCUCAGUAACCCCGAGAGCGCGUACAAUAUCUCGGAUGAUCUACAAGCUUACCAGUCCUCUAAUUUCGCGUUUCCCGAUGAUCACUUGCUCCAAGUUCCCUCCCUUACUCUUUUGAGCGCGGCAGUUAGGGUAGCUCAAAGGCUCGGCAUCGGAGAUUGCCUCUGGGAUAUUGCUGCGGUGAGUCCAUUUUACAGACCACAGCUAUACACCCAAUCUUCUACUUCUUCGCCGCCCUCUUCUACUACACAGACAUCAGGCUCCAGUCAAACAAGCGAUACGAUUAACAUCGAUCUGGAUACAUUGCCUGACCAUCUACGGCCAACUGGAACUCAAAUUCUUAUCUCGCAUCACCCGAUUCUAGAUCUCCUCCCCUGGCCGACUUCCCGGGAUAAAUUGAUCCAGGUGUUUAACCUCCCUGUCAAUUUACGUCCGAAGUCUGCUCAGGGUCCAAUGGGGCUCGUACGGUUGGUGUAUGAUAUGGAAGACGACGGGGGAGAGGGAAUCAGGGUUCACAGGAGCAACCCAUUCGAGGCUGCGGGUUGGGAAAUUGGACAGCUGAUGUUUGAAAGGUGGUGGGCGGCCUUUGAGACAGACACUGUGGAGAGAAGUAACCGCGGACGAAAAGAGAGAGGCGAGAAAUGUCUUGAGCUUUCCUAA